AUGGCCCAACACACUCUCCCUCCUCUUCCCUACGCCUACGAUGCCUUGGAACCCAUCAUCUCCAAGCAGAUCAUGGAGCUCCACCAUCAAAAGCACCAUCAAACCUACAUCAACAACCUGAACGCCGCCCUGACUGCCCAAGCCACAGCAACCAACUCAAACGACGUCCCAGCCCUAAUCACUCUCCAACAGAAGCUCCGUUUCAACGGCGGUGGCCACAUCAACCACUCUCUGUUCUGGAAGAACCUCACUCCCCCGGGAACGCCAGGCAACGAUAUUGCCGGUGCCCCCGUCCUCCGCGAAGCCAUCGUCUCACGCUGGGGAUCUCAUGAGGCCUUCGUCAAGGCGUUCGGUGCCGAGCUCCUCGGUCUCCAGGGCUCCGGAUGGGGAUGGCUGGUUAGCAAGGGUGGAGCCAAGGGUCGGCUCGAGAUCCAGACUACUAAGGAUCAGGAUCCUGUUAACAGCCCUGAUGUUCCUAUCUUCGGUGUUGAUAUGUGGGAGCAUGCGUACUACCUCCAGUAUCUGAAUAACAAGGCUGGUUACGUUGAAGGAAUCUGGAAGAUUAUCAACUGGGCAGAGGCUGAGAAGCGAUACACUGCCGGUGUUGAGAACCCUCUCAAGCUGUAA